AGAGCAGCGAGAUCAGCGUCGCACUGUCAACCGAACGAAGUCUGGGCGUUUUCCCCGUGUCAAACCUUCAGAAAAAGUGACACAUUGCGAAAGACUGAGGUUCGCGUGCCUUUUUCAACUAUACCGGGAGACAAAAGGAAUCUGCUUCACCGACGACGAACUGAAAGCGAUCUCUGGGGACAUUCUACGUGUUCACAAACGCACUUUCAAAAUCACAUCUCAAGUAGCCUACUUUUAAGUUUACCGGACGCCUCGACCGUCUGGUAUGACUCUGUCGUGUCCCUGAUCAAGGCGCUUUUGGAAAGAUUUGGACACUUUGACUCAGGAUUCCUUGAGGCGGAAACUUUUCCGAGGAGGAAAGCAGCGCGGCAGCAACAGACGCAACAGGUUGAGCGGUUGAGUGGCGCCGGAGCGAUAAAACCAUGCCGAGCAACAGCCAAGACCUGCGCCCCAGAUUGUGUCUUCUCGACAAGGGGGAUAAUGGCUACGGGUUCCAUCUCCACGGCGAGAAAGGCAAAACGGGCCAGUUUAUUCGGUUAGUGGAGCCCGACUCCCCCUCGGAGGUCUCGGGGCUACGUGCAGGCGACAGACUCGUGUUCGUGAACGGCGAAAACGUGGAAAACGAGAGUCACCAGCAAGUCGUCUCGCGGAUACGGGCCACCGCAGGCAAGCUCGAGCUCAUCGUGGUCGACGUGGAGACCGAGCAGCUGUUGCGAAAGCACAACCUGCGAUGCCAGAAAGAGUUCGUCACGGAGGGCAUCCCGGUGCCCCCGUCCGACUCGCAGAACGGCGACGCGGAGGAGAAAGUCUCGAGCGCAUCGGAAAAUGGCACCCCGAGAGAGUCGACGCCGGUCCCUGACAACAACGGCGAGCUCGUGAUCCCGGAGGAGAAGGGGAAGAAGCUGAGUGUAAGCUCCGAGAAGGUAAGCAGGGUUUAGAAGGCACCACCGACGAC